GUAGCGUUUGCAGGAAGCAACUGCAAAGCAGUCGUAAGUCACGUGAUCGUAACAGUGUGCUGAAGACAUGGCGGACAAAGAGGAGACUGAGAAGACCAUCGCCGAAGACUUGGUUGUCACCAAGUAUAAAAUGGCCGGCGAGAUCGUAAAUCGAGUAUUGAAGCAAGUUUUAGAUAAAUGUGUUGUUGGAGCAUCGGUAAGAGAAAUUUGUGAAUAUGGAGACAAAUUAUUACUCGAAGAAACCAGCAAGGUUUUUAAGAAAGAAAAAGAAUUGAAGAAGGGAAUUGCAUUUCCUACAUGCAUAUCUGUUAAUAAUUGUAUUUGUCACUUUUCACCAAUUGCAAGCGAACCAGAUCUUAUACUUAAAGAUGAGGAUAUGGUAAAAGUAGAUCUUGGGGCACAUAUUGAUGGCUUUAUAGCUGUUGUGGCACACACUAUUGUUAUGGGUUCGUCAUCGACAAGAAAAGUUACUGGUAGAAAAGCAGACGUAGUGUUAGCUGCACAUUAUGCAUCUCAAGCUGCGUUAAGGCUUUUAAAGCCUGGUACAGAGACCUAUACAAUAACAGGAACAGUUGAAAAGAUUUGUGAAGCAUAUAAAUGUAAACCAAUUGAAGGAAUGCUCAGUCAUCAAUUAAAACAAUUUAAAAUAGACGGAGAAAAAACUAUAAUUCAAAAUCCCAAUGAUGCACAGAAAAAGGAACAUGAAAAGUAUACUCUUGAAACUCACGAGGUAUAUGCUAUGGAUGUCUUGGUUAGUACUGGUGAAGGGGUAGGCCGAGAACAGGACACUCGGGUUACUAUAUUCAAGAAAACAGAGGAAACAUAUCAGCUAAAAUUGAAAGCAUCGCGCAUGUUUUACUCUGAAGUCACUCACAAACAUGGACUUAUGCCAUUUAAUUUACGUACUUUCGAAGAUGAAAAGAAAGCAAAAAUGGCGGUUGUGGAAUGUGUAAAUCAUAGGUUGAUCGAACCAUUCCAAGUACUGUACGAAAAGCCAAAUGAGUUUGCUGCACAGUUUAAAUUUACGGUACUAUUAAUGCCUAAUGGGCCACAUAAAAUAACAGGAAUUCCCUUUGAUCUUGAUGUGUAUCAAUCUGAUUGUGUUGUUGAAGAUCCCGAAUUAAAAACUCUUUUGUAUACUUCCGCAAAUCCGAAGUCUGCAAAGAAGAAGAAAAAGAAGGCUGAAAAAGCUGUAGGUGAAGUAGCAAUGGAAGUUGAUGCCAAGGCCUAACACGACCGUUUUAGUGUUCAUCAUGACAUUAAUAACAUCGUGCACUUUACGUUAUCUUUUAUUCAGUAGCUUCAGAGCAGAAAUUAGACACUUUUCAACAUCACCUUAUCUUAAUAUUUUUCCUUUUAUCGGAAUACUUCACUGAUAAAUCGUAAUUCGUCAUAUUGUUAUCUCCUAGCUACAUCUACUUUGAUGAUUUUUUAAUGAUAUAACUGGAUCCACAUUAAGUCAAAAAGUGUCAGAUUCUGCCCUGAAAGAAUCGGACUUUACGACACUUAUUAACGCUGCGCCAUUUAUUGGAACUUACGUUUUUAUACUGACGUAUCUUUUAACGGACCAUGGUAUUAUU